GAAAUACAUUUAGUUGUUACAAGAUUUUGUAGUAAACCACUGCGAAAAUUACUUUAAAAUUUAUAAAUUUAUUUUUACACAAGUUAGCAAACUUGUGUAAACAAGUUUAGUUUCAAAUAGCAAUUUGAAACUAAACAAAGUCAACGUUGACGAUGUUUUCCAAGGAAGCAAUUUAUUUAUUUUUAAUUUCGUGCUGUGUAUCGGAAAUAGUUGCUGUGACUGGUGGAUCUCUGAUCGGAGCAAAAUCGGGAACAAAUCGAAUAGAGGAUGUGAAACUAAGAUUUUAUAAUGGACAAACAGUAGAUCAGCAUGUGGACAUUCCUCUCAGUCAGGCAGAGCAGUUAAUGCAAGUUGAGAUCUUUAACCACAACAGCCCCACCGUCUUCUACAUUCAUGGAUACGUUGAAGUUCCUGAUCAGGAAAGUAUAAAGACCAUCGUGAACGCCUACUUGCAGACAAAGCCGGGUACAAACGUAAUAUUACUAGACUGGUCUGAAAUGGCACAAGGAUCUUACACAUUCAGUGCUGUAUGGAACGCCAAAAAGGUUGGACCUGCUGUAGCAGAACAGUUGAAUAAGUUGAUUGACCUAGGACUACCCUUAGAGAAGUUACACAUUAUUGGUUUUUCAUUGGGCUGCCAUGUGGCAGGAUACACUGCAAGGGAACUCAAGACCAGAUACAAUAAACUUGUCAAAAGGGUAACAGUACUUGAUCCCGCCUAUCCGUCGUUCUACCCAAAUACCAUUUUCUUGCAACAUGUGAACGCAGGCGAUGCAGAAUUCGUGGAUGCCAUACAUACUGACGGCGGUGGUUAUGGCGCACCGGUACCAACUGGAACGGCUGACUUCUGGCCAAAUGGUGGCCUCCGCAAACAACCUGGAUGCCCUCUAUUUGCCCCGAUACCACUCUCCGAUGAAAAUCUAUGCAGUCAUUGGAGAUCGUGGCAGUAUUACGCAGAAUCAGUGAGGAAUCCUGAAGCUUUCCCUGCUUCUCCUGCUUUAUCUUACAUGUACUUCCAAUUAAAUCCAAACCGUGCUCAGGGAAUGAAGUAUAUGGGAUAUGGCUGUGAUAGCAAUGCUCGAGGAAAUUAUUACUUAACUACAAAUAGCCAGGCACCAUUUGCAAGAGGAAUGAACGGGAUAUAAGUAGAGGACUUCAAUUUCAUAUAUUUUUUUAUAUGUUACUCUUUUGAUAUUUUGUCCUUUUUAUUACUCGUAUUAUAAAAUAGGGCUUUAGAACAUUUAUUUUAUACUACUGCUUUUGCGUCUAUACUUUUAAAAGUUUUUUUGCUUUUGCUUCUUUAGUUGUUUCAUCGAAAGUAGUUGUUAACCAUUUUCAGGAAUAAAACAAGUAAAAUAUAA